CCAUCGUCAUAUAUUUAGGCUCGAAGUAAAAAAGACAACAUUAGUAUUAAGCAACCUACUGCAAGCUCGAAGUGCAUUGCUGUUCCAGAAGAACGCGCGCAUUGAUCUGCUGUGCAGUUUUUCUGGGGGUAAAUGCAAUCACGUGUUCCAUAGGCGUCCAAUCCCAGCUGGGGAAGCUUUCUGAAAUAAUUACCUGUCUUGAUUGUUCUACGGUCAGAUAAAAAAGUACACAUACACUCCAUAUAAUAAUCGGAUGCAUGUAAAAGAGAAGGGAAACAUCGCCAUGUCGGCUACGGGUCCCAUAAGUAAUUAUUAUGUGGAUUCCUUGAUCAACCAUGAGAGUGAGGAUGUUCUGGCGAGUCGUUUCACAGCCACUGGUCCGAUAUCCUCCAGCUCACGCCCGACGCCCCUGGUACCGGAAUGCGCGGAUUACCCGUCCUGCAGCUUUGCCCCGAAACCACCAGUCUUUACUACCUCGUGGGCCCCUGUUCACUCCCAGUCGUCAGUGGUUUACCAUCCAUACACUCACCAACCUCACCUAGGCACAGACUCAAGGUACGUUCGCUCUUGGCUGGAGCCUAUCCCCGGUACCGUGUCUUUUCCAGGAUACGCAGGGAAUAGCAGGCACUACGGGCUGAAGCCCGACACCUUCCAGGAUCCUCGUGCUGGAGACUGUUUGGGCUCGAACGGACGCACUUACACGGAUUAUCUGUACUGCUCCGCCGUCGACAUUCGAGAAAAGCAGCAGAACACACCAUCGCCUGAGACGGAGAGUUUGUCUUCCGGGAAGCACAAAGACGACAAGGCUGAAUUAGACCCAAAUAAUCCUGUGGCAAACUGGAUCCAUGCGCGCUCAACCCGAAAGAAGCGUUGUCCGUACACCAAGUACCAAACACUCGAACUCGAAAAGGAAUUUUUAUUCAAUAUGUACCUCACAAGAGACCGGCGAUAUGAGGUAGCGAGGGUGCUGAACCUGACGGAGCGACAAGUCAAAAUCUGGUUCCAGAACCGACGGAUGAAGAUGAAGAAAAUGAACAAGGAAAAAAACGACAGUAAAGAACAAUAGACCAAAAGUCAUUCACCGGACACAGACUGAAGGAAAAUCAUCAUUUAGUAUCGUUAUGAGUCUUAACAUUUGCACUUUCGGCCCAUAACAGGAACAGAAAAAACGAAAAGGCUAUCCUAUAUGGAUGUCCUUUAAAACGUGAUGAUAUAAGUAUGAUUUAAUGUAAGUGUAAUUUUACCAUCCUGACUUAAAUCAUAUUAAUAUUAUACGUAGUUUGGAUUUACAUAACAUUUCUUUACUCACAAACACAAAAGUGGACUCUGCACAGAGGCUGCCCCGAAGUUUCAGAGAGAAAAUACUUGAACUACUUUAUUUUCAAAUUCCUAAUUUAUGCUCUCUACGUGGUUGUUUCUUUUCUAUGCUUCCAUUUUUUGUAGGAGGUUUGAAAGCCGAGUAUUUUAUAAAGAAUAACAAUUCUGUAGUUUAAAAAAUAUACGUGUUUGCGUCGAUGUGCUUAGUUUGUUUCUGAUGUACCUGUUUGUGUAUUUUACAUUCUUUAAACAUUCUGUAAAUGAGUUUCAUCAUAGAUUGUAGAUAUAUCCAAAUAUAUACAGCCAUGUUAAUAUGACUUUUGUGUCUCUUUCCAUUUAUUUGGCCGUACAAGGAAGGCAUGCCGUUUUUUAAGAACGAGUUGAAUGUGUACUAUCCAGUUAUGGCAUAGAGUUUGGCCUACACAUACAAUGUUCUCAUGUGGAAAGUAUCGAGGUUGGAGUAAGUGCACAAUGGCAAGGCCACUGUAACGAGGUUGAUGGUGUGACCGUCGAAAUAUCAG